AUGAAGUUCCUUCUGCUCCUUGCCUGCCUGGGUGCAGCUGCUGCUUUUCCCUUUGGUGACGAUGACGACGACAAGAUCGUAGGGGGUUACACCUGCCCGGAGCACUCUCUCCCUUACCAGGUGUCUCUGAAUGCGGGGUACCACUUUUGCGGGGGCUCCCUCAUCGACAAUCAGUGGGUCCUUUCAGCAGCCCACUGUUACCAAUCUGGCCGCAUACAGGUAAGACUCGGGGAGUACAACAUAGAUGUGCUGGAAGGCUCAGAAGAGUUCAUCGAGGCCGAGAAACAAAUUCGCCACCCUGGCUACAGCCCAAGGAACAUGGACAACGAUAUUAUGCUCAUCAAGCUGGCCACCCCCGCCACCUUGAACUCCCGCAUCCGGGCCAUUUCCUUGCCUUCCCGGUGUGUAACAGCUGGGACCGAGUGCCUCAUCUCGGGGUGGGGGAACACCCUCAGCAAUGGAUGCAACUUGCCCGAGCUCCUCCAGUGCCUGGAUGCUCCCGUCUUAACUGAUGCAGAGUGCAAGGAUGCCCUUCCCGGGAAAAUCACCACUAACAUGAUGUGUGUGGGGUACUUGGAGGGCGGCAAAGAUUCCUGCCAGGGUGACUCUGGUGGACCUGUGGUGUGCAACGGGGAGCUCCAAGGCGUUGUGUCCUGGGGGGUAGGGUGUGCCCUGAGUGGCUACCCAGGGGUAUACACCAAGGUCUGUAACUACGUUGACUGGAUCCAGGAGACAAUUGCAGCCAACUAA